AUGAAGAAAUCUAUCCUACUUUGUGGCAUAGCCUCAUGGUUUGCCACUCAGAGCUACGGGUUUGUUUCCAAGGCAAAAUUGUCCUCUCACAUCAAAUUGGAUCAGCUGCAACCACCAUCAAAGCAAUCUGGAGAGGUAGUCCUGAAUGCAUGGGGCAAUGAAAAGAAGGACGAUGCUACAAUUGAAGAAGAAGCCAGAACAAAAGUAUGGGAGAGUCGACGAAAGCAGAUUCGGACGACACUGAAGAAUGCUGAAUCCUUCCGGAAUUUUCGAAUCAAGAAUGGUUUUGUCCCCGAGCUAGACGAGGAUGGAAAACCGAUCAAAUCCGAUGGAAAGUUUGCUUUGACAGCAAGUGCCUUUGUCGUAGCCGCAGGUGCCAUUGCCUUGCGUGUGGGUGGACGGGCUGCCUUGAUUUCUACCAUUGGACUAGACUUCUUUACAGACAAUCCUGAAUUGCAAGAUCAGAUGAAUAAUGUUUUGGAAAUGUCUGAUAGUAUGGGGCUGCUCGAACGUGGAGGUCUUUUUUGCUUGGCAUGGACUGUUGUGAAAGUAUCUUGCAUUGAUGCUGGUGGUAUUGUUUUGGCACUUUCAGCAGGAAUUUUGUUUGGUGGCGUCUUGCAAGGUGCACUUGCCUCGGCAUUUGGAGCCACUGUUGGAUCAAGUGUCGCCUUUGCUGCGGCCAAGCUUGAUACACCGGUUCGCAAGAAGGCUCUGGAAAUUGUUGAAGAGAACCCGUCUUUGCGAGGUAUUGAAAAAGUGGUUGCUGAGGACGGUUUGAAGGCCAUUUUGACGCUUCGCCUAGCACCAGUUAUUCCUAUCCCCGUUGGUAUGUACAAUUAUGUCUAUGGAGUGACGAAUGUUCCAUAUUUCGACUUUGCCGGUGGCAUUUUCCUGGGAAGCUUGAAGCCGUACCUGUUGGAUUCGUACAUAGGCUACUUUGGAAAGACACUAGUGGAUGGAACUGCAGGUGAUCCAGGUGGUAUUCAGGAUACCCUCCUGUUGGUUGCAUUAGGGUUUAGCGUAUUGAUAGGUGUGUUUGCUUCGCAGCUUGCGGGCGAGACAUGGGAUUCGGUGCUGGAGGAACAAAAAGCCGAGGGUGAGGGUGACGACGAGGACGAUGGCAUUGUAACGGAGGUAUUCGGUGUGACAUUGCCCGAAGCUCUCGUCAACUUUCAAUCAGCACUGAAUUUGGCCAGUGAAAGGGUUGAUAAGAUUAUUCUAGACGAGUACGAUGCCCAAGUAUGGAACUACACUGAUACCAAGGGAGACAAUCCUAUUCCCGACGAAUUGAAUCCAGCUCUUGCCCCCAACAGCCCGGAAGUCGCAGGGGCCUACAAGGGCAUCCAAUACGGGGCCUCGAUUUGCGAUGGUAUUGCUUUGAGCCCAGCCCUAUCCCAAUACUUCUUCACAUUGGCAGAUCCACUGUUUGAUCCAGUCGAAUUUGACGAGGAACGUGAAAGCAAGAUGAAGGCAGCUGCAGUUGAGGUCGAGAAAUCAGAGCUCAUGGAUAAACUCGAGCGAAUACGAAUCAAAGUGGUGGAACGAAUAGAUUUUAUUGACAAGCGAUUGGCAGCUGAUAGUAGGAGUAGUAAAGAAUAA